AUGCCACAAGUUGAUUUGGAGUCGCUUGCUUUGGUAUGCGGCGUCGGCGGCAGUGACCGGAAAAUAGCCUGUGAGACUCUCGCCGAUGACCCAGGGGAUCCUGACAUUCCGGAAAGCGCCCUAGUCGAUUGCCCUCCCGAUUGCCCUCCGGAAUCCUUCUGGCUAUCAAAAGACUCUGAAUACGACUGGUUUGAUCGCAAUGCUUUCUUAGAUCGGAAGGAAUCGAUCAAAGGAAACUCUAAUUCGAUGAAUUUGAAUCUGAAUAUAAAUCAGGUCCACUCCAACGCAAACUUUAGCUCGGUCCAGUUUUCUGCGUUUUUUAAAUCGAAAGCUCCUAUUAUCAGUUUACCAAAGGCGCAGAAGACGAUUUAUGUCGAUUCAAAGCGCAGGAACUGCAAACUUGCGAACUUAUGGUUGUUUCCUAAGAGAUCGGAUUCCCUAGGGAAAGAGCCGACGGUGGCUCCGAUGGCAGAGCCGUCUUCGCCGAAGGUUUCCUGUCUCGGUAGAGUUAGAUCGAAGAGGUGUCGAAGCCGUAGGAAGUCGAAUGGACCGUCUAGUGAACUGGAAAAACCUGUAAUUCCACAUGACAAAAUCGGUCAAGUACAGAGAAGCGGGUUUAUAUCUCGUGUAAAGUCAUUAUUCCGAUCUGGUUGUAACGGCCGUAAAACUACCAACCAACCAUCGCUUAAAAUCAACCAAUCGUCGGACCGUUCAGCUCCGAGAAUAAACGUCACUUGUAACCCACUUGACGAUGAACACGGAACACCAGCAGAUCCGCCUGCUUUAGGAGGAGUGACUCGGUUCUCGUCCGGCCGAAGAUCGGAGACCUGGGGUCAGUGCGACCAAGAUGUUUACUUGACCGAUCGUAGCUAA